AUGACGACUGCUCUCUCUAUCGAGGCUAUUGGUCAGCCUGGAGGAAUGGAAAAUCAGCACGGAGUGCCGGUGUCCAUCGAGAACGAAGGUCGAAACAAAGCCAUCACUCUGAGACCAUCGUCUCCCAACGCUUCAUGCACAAGCCACCGUGACGAAAAACAUGCCUUGGGAGAAGGAGCUGGAAUGAACCCUUCAACAAAAGAGGUACAAAAUGACCCUCCAGAACAAGUACCGCAACACGUCGAUGUUGGUACUGCGCCGAUACCUCCUCCUGACGUCGGUCUCCAACCGUGGCUUCAAGUCAUAGCAGGGCACUUCCUCAUGUUCAACAGCUGGGGCCUGGUAGUCUCGUUCGGCUCCUUUCAGACAUACUACACCACACCGAUAGCCCACAGCAACAGUUAUCCACUGCAAAGUGCAUCCAAGAACGCCUCGGCCAUUGCCUGGAUCGGAUCCAUCCAAACCACCCUCUUGCUGGUCGGCGGAGCACUUGGGGGCAAGUACUUCGACGCCGGAUACUUUCGCCAGAUGCUCAUCCUGGGCACGUUUCUCGUCGUCUUCGGAACGCUGAUGACCAGUCUGGUCAAGGAGUACUAUCAAGCCGUCUUGGCGCAGGGAGUCUGUGUUGGACUGGGCAUGGGGAUGCUGUUGGUCCCGAGCGUGGCGUUGCCGAGCACUUGGUUUUCCAAACGCAGAGGUCUGGCCAUUGGAAUCGUGAGCUCUGGGGCGUCGUUAGGCGGCAUUGUCAUCCCCAUCGGAUUGAGGCACAGUAUCUCGUCCGUGGGGUUCGGGUGGGCGGUGCGAAUCCUUGCAUUGAUAUCGCUGGUUACACUGCUGGUCAGCAACCUGUUGAUUCGGCAACGCCUUCCACCUCGACCGAGGAAGGGUGCGCGCUUCAUUGAGUACCAGGCGCUGCGGGAACAAAGAGAAUUCGCCCUCUGGAUCGCAGGCCAGUUCGUCACAUACUUUGGCUUCUUUGGCUUCUACAACUAUGUCGAAGCCUGGGCCGAGUCGAUUGGCCUGGACCGGCACUCCGGGUUCCCGCUCGAGUACCUACUGCCUGUGCUGAAUGCGGCGAGCAUCCUGGGACGUCUGAUCCCUUGCUUCUUCGCGGACUACACUGGACCGUUGAACAUACAGGGGCCCUCGCUCUUCGUCACUGCCCUGCUCGUCUUCGUCUGGAUCCCGUGCCGGACAAUCGGCGGCUUGCUCGCCAUCACCGUCCUGUACGGGUUCUUCUCUGGCGCGGUCAUCGCCACGCCUCCUGCAAUAGUGGCCAGUAUGACUGAAGACUUGCGUCGGUUUGGAGGAAGGAUGGGCGUCUUAUUUUUGGUGAUGGCCUGUUCAGCGCUCGUAGGGCCACCUGUCAUGGGUGCCAUCAUCGAAAUGCACGGCGGGUCGUACGAUGCUGCAAAAGUGUAUGCGGGGACUAUGGUUAUGGGCGGAGCGGUGCUUGUAUGGGUGUCGAGGGUGGCUAAGACUGGGUUUAGAGUAGCCGUCAAAGCUUGA